GGAAAAAUCCCAGCUCUGUUGAAAAUUUGAAUUGCUGAAAAGUCAGAUAAGACUGCACUAUUGAUAAAAUUUCACCAAUAAAAUGUGAAUGCAUCUGCAGUUGCCCUUUCUUCUCUUUGUUUAAGUUGUGAGUGAUCAUAAGCCAGGAAGUCUGAAACUAAGAAAUCAAUGGGCAUUCUUUCUUUUAUUUUUCUGCUAACUUAUUUACUCUUUUUGUUCUCCAAAGUCUCCUUUGCAGUAGAUAGCAUUACUCCAUCCCUAUAUAUUAGUGAUGGAAGUACCUUAGUUUCUAAAGAUGGAAGCUUCGAACUGGGAUUCUUCAGUCCCGGUAUUUCCAAGAAUCGCUACUUAGGAAUAUGGUACAAGAAUAUCCCAGUUAAAACUGUAGUGUGGGUUGCAAACCGACUCAACCCCAUCAAUGACUCGUCUGGCUUGUUGAUGAUAAACAGUAAAGGCAGUCUUGUGCUUAUGAGUCAGAAUAAGAGCGUUGUUUGGUCAACAGGAUUAGGAACACAAAAACAAGCCAAGAAUCCUGUGUUACAGCUCUCAGACUCAGGAAAUCUUGUACUAAGAGAUGGUAAUUCAGGAAUCUCUUUCUGGGAAAGCUUCGACUAUCCAUCUGAUACAUUUUUACCAGGAAUGAAGUUGGGAUGGGACUCAACGAAAGGCAUUAAGUGGAGUCUUACUGCAUGGAAAAAUCCAGAUGAUCCAUCUCCUGGAGAUUUCACUUAUGGGAUAGAAAUGCAUGCAUACCCUGAGCCUGUUAUUUGGAAAGGAAACAAAAAGGUUUACCGUCCCGGCCCAUGGAAUGGCCUUCGGUUUAGUGGUUCACCGGAUCUAAAGCCGAACCCGGUUUAUGAUUACAACUUUGUUUCCAAUGACUUUGAGGUGUACUACACAUACACCCUAAAAAAUAAAUCUGUAAUCUCAAGAAUAAUUUUGAACCAAACCAGCAAUACACGUGAGCGGUACAUCUGGAUUGAAGCUGAGCAAGUUUGGCGCCGCUAUACAUCAGUACCUAGAGAUUACUGUGACUAUUACGGACUUUGUGGACCCAAUGGAAAUUGUACCAUUAGUGGGUCACCGGUCUGCCAAUGUUUACAAGGAUUCAUGCCUAAAUUACCACAAAAAUGGAGCUUGAUGGACUGGUCUCAAGGUUGUGUACGCGAUAAACAAUUGAGCUGCCAUGAAGAUGGGUUUCUUAAAUUUGUCGGCUUGAAAUUGCCAGAUACUACAUAUUCUUGGGUAAACGAAAGUAUGAGUAUUUUAGAAUGUAGAGCCAAAUGCUUGAACAACUGUUCCUGUAUGGCAUAUACAACCUCAGAUAUCAGAGGAAGUGGUAGUGGCUGCGCCUUGUGGUUUGAUGAUCUAAUGGAUAUUAGACAGUUACCUGCUGGUGGGCAAGAUCUAUAUAUCAGAAUGCCGGCUUCAGAGAUAGAGGCAAGACAUGUUCGUAAGAUAAAGAGAGCAGUGAUUGUUGCUGCCGCCCUUGUAGUAGUUUCUGGAAUGCUCUUAUUAGUUGGCUUCUACAUUUGCAGAAGCAGAAUAAACUUAGAAGAUCAUCAGAACAACGAAGGCCAAAAGGAAGACCUUGAGCUCCCUUUCUUUGAACUAUCCACAAUAGUUUAUGCCACUGACAACUUUUCGUUCAAGAACAAGCUUGGUGAAGGUGGUUUUGGAUCUGUUUACAAGGGUACACUAGAAGACAACCAAGAAAUUGCUGUCAAAAGGCUUUCAAGGAGUUCUGGACAAGGAUUAAAUGAGUUCAAAAAUGAAGUAAGACUAAUUGCGAAGCUUCAACACCGAAAUCUUGUAAAACUUCUUGGUUGUUGCAUUCAACAAGAAGAGAAGAUUCUGAUUUAUGAAUACAUGCCCAACAAAAGCCUGGACUGCUUCAUUUUUGAUCAAACAAAAGGUAAAUUGUUGGAUUGGUCCAAACGCUUUCGUAUUAUUUGCGGGAUUGCUCGGGGGCUUCAAUAUCUUCAUCAAGAUUCUAGAUUGAGAAUUAUACAUAGAGAUCUCAAAGCAAGUAAUAUUUUACUUGAUAGUGAGAUGAAUUCUAAAAUUUCAGACUUUGGCAUGGCUAGAACUUUUGGAGGAGAUCAGUUGGAAGGAAACACAAACAGAGUUGUUGGAACUUAUGGUUACAUGGCACCAGAAUAUGCUUUUGAUGGAAUAUUCUCAACAAAAUCUGAUGUCUUUAGCUUUGGGAUUUUAUUGUUGGAGAUCAUAAGUGGGAAGAAAAGUAGAGGGUUUUAUCAUCCAAACCACGAGCAUAACCUUAUUGGACAUGCAUGGAUACUGUGGAAUGAAGGCAGGCCUUUAGAAUUGAUUGAUGAAUGUUUAGGAGAAUCAUGCACAAUGUCAGAAGUGUUGCGCUGCAUCCAUCUGAGCCUCUUAUGCGUGCAACAGCGUCCUGAGGAUAGACCAAACAUAUCUUCUGUUGUUGUGAUGCUAAGCAGUGAGUGUGCUUUGGCUGAACCCAAACAACCUGGUUUCUUCUUGGGAAAGGAUUCAAAUGGAGCACGGUUUUUCUCGAGAAAUCAUGAAUCAUCUUCAACCAAUGAAAUAACAGUUACAUUAUUGGAGCCUCGUUAAAUAUUCUGCACGGCUGUACCAAUGCAACUCAUACAACAUUGUCAUUAUAGAAUUGUAUAUCAUUAUAAUUUGUAAACUAUAUUCCUAUAUUCCUAUUAGUACAUGCCCAUCGCAUAACGAACUCUUGUUGCA